UUGAAUACUGUAUCUUCUUAGCUUUGGCAACAAUCCGCGUCUGUGGAAGAGUCUCCUCUGGCUUAGAGAGUGGAGGCAUUUCAUUGCAGGGAGAACCAGCUGAUCUGCACUACCUUGAGAAGAAGUGCCAGGAACCUGGAAGACAAGACAGUGGGAAGAAAGGGACAGCAACCUCCAUUUCCCAGAUGGAUGAGCAGGAGGCAACAGGACCUGGUGCUUGGGAAAGAAUGGAAGGUCUGCCCAAAGCCCCACUGGUUGCACAGAUGGCCAGCACUGAAGAGCUUCUGAUGGAGGCGCCUCCACAUCACGUGAAGCAGGAGCCCACCGAGGGCUUGCAAGACCUCUGGGAGGCCCAAUGGCAGGAGUUCCUCAGGACCCUGCAGGCGCCAGACUCAGAGUGGGGGACUCCACAGCUGUCUGAGCGGCUCACUCCCUGGGACGAUGCCAAGGCCUUCCUGGCCUCCUUUGAGCAAGUCGCAUCCGCUUGCCGAUGGCCUCGGGACAAGUGGGUGACCUUUCUCCGGCCAGCCCUGAGCGGAGAGGCCGAGCAAGCCUUCGGCAGCCUCCACGCCCAGGAGAGGGGAGACUAUGGGAAGGUGAAGGCAGCCAUCUUGGAAGAGGAGGCUGCCACGCGGGAGAGGCAGCGCCAGCACUUCCGGCAGCUCCGCUAUCAGGACACAGAAGGGCCGAGGGGCAUUUACGGGCAACUGCGGGAGCUCUGCUGCCGGUGGCUGAAAGUCGAGAGACGCACGAAAGACGAGAUCUUGGAACUGCUGAUCCUGGAGCAGUUUCUCAGCAUCCUGCCGGUGGCCAUGCAGAGCUGGGUGAGGGACCGUAAGCCUGGCAGCUGCACCCAGGCGGUGGCCCUGGCUGAGGACUUCCUGUUGAAGCGGCACGAGGCUGAGAAAUUGGAGCAAAAGGUGCCCAGACCAGUUGCAGAGGAGGCUGUGGAACCUUCUGAGAUGGGCCAGGUUCUGCUGAUGGACUGCUGGACUGGCCAGCUCAGCAGAGAAGCCAAGGAAGGACAGGGCAAGGAGGCAACUUGGCUGAAUAAUGAUCAGGCGUGGGGGAAAGAGGUGAAUUCCAUCCAUCGCAAAGGACGAGAACACGUGGAACUCAAGGAUGUUUCUCUGGGAACAAACAGGGACUUCCAGUAUUGUAAGAAUGGAGGAACAUUGGAAGGUCAGAACGAAGUGGGGAAUGCACAGGAGCUGGGUCCUGAGAAAGGGAUGGACAGGACGAUUUUCUGUGCUGAAAAUGACCAAGGGACGGGCAGUGCUACAGAACAGCAGAGAGUCCUGUGUGGCAAGCUGCAGCCCACCAAGCUGGACCACGGAGGGAACUUUGGACAAAGCUCUGAUCUUCUGAAGCAUCAGAAUGUAGAUACCGCAGGGAAAUCCUAUCUGUCUUCCCACGGUGGGAGCAGCUUGAUCCCCACCCAGGCCCUUAUAACCCAGGAGGGAGUUUACGCAGGACUGGGAAGCACGAAAUGCCCCCACUGUGAUAAAAGCUUCAGCUGCGCUUUGACUUUCAAGGAGCAUCUGAGUAUCCAUUGUGGAGAGUCUUCGUUUAACUGCUCCUACUGCGGCAGAAACUUUGGAUCUGGUUCAGUCUUACGGGAACACAUCCGAGCGCACACGGGAGAGAGGCCGUAUAGGUGCCCGGACUGCGGAAAGAGCUUCAACCAGAAACAUUACUUGACCAUCCACGAGAGGCUGCACAGUGGAGAGAAACCGUACAAAUGCAUUCACUGCGGGAAAAGCUUUCCGGAGAGAUCUAGGCUUCUCAUCCACGAGAGGAUCCACACGGGCGAGAAUCCCUUUGUUUGCUCCGAGUGCGGGAAGGGUUUCAACCAGAAGGGGAAUCUCAUGACCCACAUGAGGCUGCACACGGGAGAGAAACCCUACAAGUGUGCUCACUGCGAGAGGCGGUUCAGCCAAAAGGCAGGCCUUAGCGCCCAUGAGAAAACCCAUAUAAGUCUGAAAAGAACAUUUUAACCCAGGCUGCUGGGCUGGUCCCUCGGAGGGGUGAAACUUGUUUAGAGGAAAAUCACAAGCAUCAUAUCGAGGAAACCUUCAGAAGUGCAGCGCGAUAUGCAGGACGGUGUAAUUCCAAACCGUAGUGACAGCUUUUUAAAUAAUAACAAAUCAGCAGUGAGGGGCAGUGGAAGGGUGGUUGCUUUGAGCAAGAAUGAGAAAUGGUGCCAGGGCCCCAAAGUUCUGGUUGGUUGGUUGGUUGGUUGGUUGGUUGGAAUCAUCCCCCAAACCCAUCCUGGAGGCACCCAGGAAGAAACGGAUUCUGCCGAU